AUGAGCAGCGCGCGCGGGCGGGCGCACGUGUUGGCAGUGAAGGUGCACGGGAAGUGGGCCGACGAGAAGGCGGUGCCGUUCCACUGGGCCGCGCCCGACGGCCCGCACUACGUCUUCGACCACAUCCACUUCCACUGGGGCUCCAGCGACCGCGAGGGCAGCGAGCACACGCUGUCGGAGCACAACAACACGGGGCUGGCGCCGGUGACGGAGGCGCUGCGCGAGGUGCGGGAGGCGCACCACGCGGCACAGCUGCCGCCCUUCGCCGUCGCAGCGCUGCUGCCCAUCUUCGACAAGCAGUACUUCACGUACAACGGCUCCCUCACCACGCCGCCCUGCUUCGAGUCGAUGGACGAAUUUCGGCAGCUUCUGGGAGAGAACGGAAAACCAAUCAUGAAGAAUUACAGACCUCCACAGCCUCUAAACGAUCGAGAAAUUGUCCAGAUCAGAAGAUAGAAAUUUGACAUCUGAUAGUACAGUGCAGCAUCUAUCCCUAGUCUUGUGAACUAAUGCUAAGGAAGCAGAGUUUUUCAAGAUGGUUCAAAAUAAAGUGCUUGAACCUGAAUUUUAGAACCUAAUACUAGGACUGUUCAAUCGUACAAUAGUACAAUGUGAUAUCAGUCUAACUUAGGUUUACUGAAAAAUCGAUGCACCGUACAUUAUAUUUUUGUUCGAUUCAAGUACCGCUGGUAUGUUUGGCGUAUAUUGUUAGACAAAACAAUUUGAAUAAAAUGAUCUACAGCGAAGAAAGAAGAACAGUGAUUAAUAGACUAUAAGUAAGUCUCUAGGAUAAAUAUUUAUAAUUUUAGUCUUCGUUUAUUUAAUAUACAUUUUUCUUAACACUAGAACUGUGAUUUGAGAUAUGAGAUUUGUUUUAAAUCCAAUUAAUUUAUUUAAAACUGGAAACACGAACUACUUUAUAAAGAAACCAGAAGAGUCAAAGAAAGGAAAGUCUUAUUAAUAACGUCAAUUAUUCAAUGUACUCAUUAAGCAUUGA